CUCUCUUUCUCUCUCCCAGCCUGUCAGUGCCGUAGCUAGUAUAGGAGGUUAAGAAUCCUCCCCUAGACCCAGAGAGCGACUCAGCCUGCCGUACUCUGACCGAGGCUUGGAGCCCACUCUCAGCCAUGGCUACUACUAUCGUAACCUCCACCCGCUUUACAGAUGAAUACCAACUCUACGAGGAGCUCGGAAAGGGAGCGUUUUCAGUGGUGCGCAGAUGUGUGAAGAAGUCAUCAGGUCAGGAGUUCGCUGCCAAAAUCAUCAACACCAAGAAACUCUCCGCCAGAGAUCACCAGAAGCUGGAACGAGAGGCUCGCAUCUGCCGUCUGCUCAAACAUUCAAACAUAGUGAGACUACAUGACAGUAUCUCAGAGGAAGGCUUUCACUACCUUGUCUUUGACCUGGUGACAGGAGGAGAAUUGUUUGAAGACAUCGUUGCUAGGGAGUACUACAGCGAGGCCGAUGCCAGUCAGUGUAUUAACCAGAUCUUGGAGAGUGUUCAACAUAUCCACCAGCAUGACAUCGUCCACAGGGACCUCAAGCCUGAGAACCUGCUCCUAGCCAGUAAGAUGAAAGGAGCAGCGGUGAAGCUGGCAGACUUUGGCCUGGCCAUCGAGGUGCAGGGAGACCAACAGGCGUGGUUCGGUUUUGCGGGCACCCCUGGCUACCUGUCCCCUGAGGUCCUUAGGAAGGACGCUUACGGCAAGCCUGUGGACAUAUGGGCCUGUGGUGUUAUUCUGUAUAUAUUGUUGGUGGGCUAUCCUCCAUUCUGGGAUGAAGACCAACACAAACUCUACCAGCAGAUCAAGGCUGGGGCCUAUGAUUUUCCCUCUCCAGAGUGGGACACUGUUACUCCAGAGGCUAAGAACCUUAUUAACCAGAUGUUGACUAUUAACCCUUCCAAGAGAAUCACUGCUGAUCAGGCUCUCAAACACCCAUGGAUCUGCCAACGUUCCACCGUGGCGUCUAUGAUCCACAGACAGGAGACAGUGGAAUGUCUGCGCAAGUUCAAUGCUCGGCGGAAACUCAAGGGAGCGAUCCUCACCACCAUGCUGGUGUCCAGAAACUUCUCAGUGGGCCGGCAGCAUACCAACCCUGCUGCUGUGUCCUCCACCGCCUCGCUGGCGCAGGAAGCAUGCAAAAGUUUACUUAACAAGAAGGCGGAUGCUGCUAAGCCCACGACCAACAACAACAGUAAGAACAGCAUAGUGAGUGCCAUUAAUGCCAUGAAGGACAACAGCAUGGCCGCAGCACAAAUGGAAUCUCAGAAUACAGUGGUUUCUGCUGAUGGGAUCAAGGGUUCUACAGAGAGUAGCAACACAAAUGAAGAUGAGGAUAUGAAAGCGGACAGCGUUGUGAUGAUGAGUCAGGGAAGUGCUACAGACGAGAUGCCCUCUCUAUUGACCUCGUCUGACAACUCGCCUGCCACCGUUCCUCUGCAUGACGUAAAGCGCAUGGCGUGGAACAGCUCUGAUCAAGGCUCCAACCCCGAGUCGGAGCAUGCUCAGUCUGCUCUGCCCGCCGCUCCACUAGGGAGCAACAGUGUCCCUGUAACAGCCAAUACCACCACACUGCACACUCGUAAGCAGGAGAUCAUCAAGAUAACUGAACAGCUGAUCGAAGCCGUGAACAAUGGAGACUUUGAGGCCUACACGAGGAUCUGUGAUCCAGGUCUGACCUCCUUUGAGCCUGAAGCUCUGGGGAACCUGGUGGAGGGCAUGGACUUCCACAAGUUCUACUUUGAAAACCUGCUGAGUAAGAACAGUAAGCCGGUCCACACCACCCUGCUGAACCCCCACGUUCACCUGAUUGGAGAGGAGGCUGCCUGCAUCGCCUACAUCCGCCUUACGCAAUUCGUCGAUGGCCAGGGCCGCCCCCGCUCCAGCCAAUCGGAGGAGACCAGGGUGUGGCAUCGCCGCGACAGCAAGUGGCUGAACGUCCACUUCCACUGCUCUGGGGCUCCGGCCGCACCACUGCAGUGAUCUGGUGUCCAAACACUCCAGUUGGAGUGUGAGUUUUGGGGCGUGUUUUCGGCUAGUGUGUUUUGGGGGCGUGUCCUCUUUGUGGAUUGGCCCAUGCCAGGAGCCCAGCCGGGCAAGACUGCACCCUCUCGACAACACCAACCAAUCCCGUCUAUCCUUUGAUCCGCUGGGGGCCGGCCGCGUGUGGACUCCGCCCCUGUGGGAUGAUGCAUGCAUCUGACGCCCAAUAGGAGGGCUUGUCCUUUGACCUCUGACCCCUCCCACCCGGCAGCCAUUUUGUCUCCCGUCCAUGGCAGCCAUUUUGAGAUGAUGAGAGGAGCGGGGAGGAAGGGUUAAUGAACUUGUGAUGACAAUUAUGAGAAUGAGUUCUAAGUAUACAGGAUAAUAUAUGACUAGUACCAGACAACACCCAACCCUAACAAGCAUUUAUAUAUAGAAUGAGAGGAGAAUGUGUGAUUGUAGGAGAUGACAUGUGGGAAAAGUUUUAUCUCCGGGGCAGGAUUUUCUCUGUUUCCCGGAGAAUGUAAAUGGAGAAUUCCCUAGCAGAAUUCUAUACGGAAGGACAGUCGGUUCAAUCAGAAAGAUGUAAUAAGUUGAUGCGAGGAAAAACUUGAUAUCAAAAAGUGACGCACCAAAGUGUAGAACUUUAGGCUUUUUAUGCGUUUCUGUGUUGUUGCUGUUUUUGUUGGUUUGUUUUUUGAGAGAAGGGGAGGUAGGGGGGUGCAUUCGAGCGUUUUUGUUUCUGUUGUGUUUUUAACCUUGUGUUUACGGUGCGUUUCUGUGGAUUGUGUCUGACUGAGUCUGUUUGAGACAAAUUGUAAGUGACCGAGUUUUAAAAAGGGGUUUUAUUGUAAAAGUGAAGCUGCAGUGUGUACAGCCUGUCUGUCUGUUUUAUCUGUCUGCAAUGGGAGAGAGGGACUUUUGGGGAGAGAGGGAAUUUUGGGAAAAAGCGUCUGCAUUUUGCAUGUUUUCCCUCCUCUCUCUCCCCCUUUUCUCACCCCUCCCCUCUCUGUUUCACUCUCCCACCCUCUGGCUGUGUUUUUAGAUGGUGUGUGUGUAUAAAUGUGUAUAUAUAUGUA